AUAUAUUGAUCACAUAGCACACAACAGAAAAGAAAUUAUAUCAGGAAGAGAUCGUCGGCGAGAAGAGAGAAAAAUGCGAUUGGGAAAGUACGAGCUUGGAAAAACGCUCGGCCAUGGCAAUUUUGGGAAGGUCAAAUUUGCAAUUAAUUUUGAAACUCAGCAACCUUUUGCUGUCAAAGAAGUUGAUAAGACCAAAAUUAUCCUUCUUAAUAUCACCCAUCAGUUUAAAAGGGAAAUACACACCCUCAAACUUCUCAGGCAUCCAAAUAUAGUCAGGCUUCAUGAGGUGUUGGCUAGUAAAAGCAAAAUUUACAUGGUUCUCGAGUACGUGAACGGCGGAGAAUUAUUUGAUACAAUCGCGUCUAAGGGAAAGCUAUCAGAAGCUCAAGGUAGAAAAAUCUUCCAACAGUUAGUUGAUGGUGUGAGUUACUGCCAUAAGAAAGGCGUUUACCAUAGAGAUCUCAAGCUGGAGAACAUACUUGUUGAUGCCAAGGGAAACGUUAAGAUAACUGACUUUGGGUUAAGUGCUUUACCCGAACAUUUUAGGGGUGAUGGUUUGCUUCACACAACCUGUGGAAGCCCAAACUAUGUAGCACCAGAGAUUCUUGCAAACAGAGGGUAUGAUGGUGCAGCCUCAGAUAUAUGGUCUUGUGGUGUUAUCUUGUUUGUAAUUCUCACCGGAUCACUUCCUUUCGAUGAUAGAAAUUUGUCUGUUCUUUAUCAUAAGAUUUUGAAAGGAGAAAUUUAUCUACCCAAGUGGCUGUCACAAGGAGCCAAAAAUUUGAUAAGAAGGAUUCUUGAUCCAAACCCUAUUUCUAGGAUAACUAUGGCUUCUAUCAAAAUGGAUGAUUGGUUUAGAAAGGACUAUCAUCCAGCCUACCUUGAUGAAGAAGAGGAAGAUAUAUACACUAAUGAAGCUGUGGUCUUCCCAAUGCAUCAAGUGCCAUCUUAUCUUGGGGAAAAGAGUUCAGAGUCUCCUACUACUACUAUAAAUGCAUUUCAACUGAUUGGAAUGUCCUCAUGCUUAGACCUUUCAGGUUUCUUUGAGAAAGAGGACAUUACUGAGAGGAAGAUCAGAUUUACAACCAACCACUCUACAAAAGAACAUAUACUCAACAGGAUGGAGGAUCUUGUAACAGACAUGGGCUUUCUUGUCCAUAAGAAAGAAGGAAGGUUGAAAGUAAUGAGAGAACAUCAAGGUGAAAAUGGUGUGUCCAGCAUACUCUCUAUAUCAGCAGAGGUUUUUGAGAUAAGUCCAUCACUAUUUGUUGUAGAAUUAAGAAAGUUGCAUGGAGAUUCAUCUUCAUAUAGACAGUUGUGUAAAAUAUUAUCCAGUGAUUUGGGUAUCCCCUCCAGCCAAGACUCGGUGAUGACAUAGAAACUCCGGAGAUCUUUAUAUAUAUAUAUUUUUAUUUUGUGGGAUAGGAGAGAAAUUGUAAUUUUAAUUAUGAAAUUGGUGAGAAUAUUUAUCAAUAAAGUUGGCGGGUUUGUGAUGUUGAA